AUGGCAAAGUUUUGGUCCUCUUCAUUGUUAUUUCUCUCCUUUGUAUUAGUAACACUAUUUGGAAAUAUCCCAAAUGUUAAUGCAGACAUACUUGAUGACGUUUGUCCCAAAACCAUAAAUCCUCCUCUAUGUUUUCAAGUGCUUCGAAAUGAUCCCUAUGUUUAUAAAGGAGAUAUUCACAGCCUUCUCUCCAUUGUUCUUUCUAUAGCACAAGAUAAUACCACAUCUACCUAUAACUUGGUUCAAUCCAUUCUGCAAAAACCCAUAAAAGAUCCCAACAUGAAAGACCAACUAAUUGGUUGUUUAAAAAACUACAAAUAUGCAAGUGAUAAUCUUGAAAGUUGCAAUGAUUUGUUUAGGAUUGCUAAUUAUAGAGAAAUAAGUUAUUUGGAUUCUGCUGCUAUGUAUGAAUCUCUUGCUUGUAACCAAGGUUUCAGAGAUGUACCACCCCAACUCAAACAACUCAGCAAGACGGUGCAAGAGUUCUCUGAUGUUUCAGCUGUUAUUGCCUAUGAUCUCGAAUAA